AUGGGCAAGCGUGGAGGCAAGCGGUUCGGCAGUCGUGGUGGCGGCGGCGGCGGCCGUACGCGCUCUCAAUGGAACGAUUAUAAGAGGGAAAACGAGAAGCUGGAGCGCUACUACAAUGAGCCGGAGUUUAUCCCCGAGGAAGAGAAAGAAGUGUUCUGGGCGACUUUGCGAAAGGAUUUGCCCAACAGCUUUCGGUUCACGGGCUCGCGCGGGCAUGCGCUCGCUGUGCAGCAACGCCUCAAAGAUUUCUAUAUCCCCGAGAUCACCUCCAUCAAGUACGAGGGCGAGUUCGUUGAGCCGCCCCGGCCUGUGACAUGGUACCCGGACCAGCUCGCUUGGUCGAUGACCACCCCGAAGAAUGUUAUCCGCCGCUUCGCGCCAUUCGCCUCGUUCCAGAAGUUUCUGGUGGCCGAGACAGAGGUGGGGAACAUCAGCCGCCAGGAGGUGGUUAGCAUGAUCCCGCCUCUUCUGAUCGAUGUCAGGCCCGGCAUGACUGUUCUGGACAUGUGCGCUGCUCCGGGCAGCAAGUCUGCGCAGCUGAUGGAGCUGCUUCAUGCGGGCGAGGAGGAGUCCAUUCUGCAGGCUGCCCAGGAAAUCAAGGAUGGCAAUGCUGGGUCGGAACCUCUUGGUCCCGAGGGACUCAACGACGACGGCCGCAGCAUUGGCUUGCUGAUCGCCAACGAUAGCGACUACAAGCGUGCUCACAUGCUGAUCCAUCAGAUGAAGCGAUUGAACUCGCCGAAUCUGAUCGUCACAAACCACGAUGCCACCUUGUACCCCUCCAUCAAGCUGCCCCCGCCGCCCAGCACCGACGACACGCCGCAGAAGAACAGGUAUCUCAAGUUUGACCGCAUCCUGGCCGACGUUCCUUGCUCGGGCGAUGGCACCCUUCGCAAGAAUGUCAGUCUUUGGAAGGACUGGACUCCCGGCAACGCCCUGGGACUCCACGCCACCCAGGCGCGGAUUUUGGUUCGUGCGCUGCAGAUGCUGAAGGUGGGCGGUCGGGUCGUUUACUCGACAUGCAGUAUGAACCCGAUCGAGAACGAGGCUGUCAUUGCCAGUGCAAUUGAGCGCUGCGGCGGCGCCGACAAGGUUAAGAUCGUUGACUGCAGCCAAGAACUGCCCGGCCUGAAGAGGAAGUCUGGUCUGCGAGACUGGAAGGUGAUGGACCGCGAGGGCCGCAUCUGGGGCAACUGGAAGGAGGUCGAGGAGCACCGCGACCAGCAAGGGAUCAGCGGUUUGGCCCGACUGGCCGAGGGCAUGUUCCCGCCGAAGGGCGACAACGCUAACCUGCCGCUCGACCGGUGCAUGCGGGUGUACUCCCAUCUGCAGGACACCGGUGGUUUCUUCAUCACGGUCCUUGAAAAGACGUCCGAAAUUCGUGCCAAGUCAGAGGAUACUUCUAAUGUUAUCCCCAAGGCUUCUGUGGCGGCCCUCGCUGCGGAGCUGGAUUCUAAGAAGAAGAACGGAGAUGGGAAGCCCUUGGAAAAGCUCGAGACUUUGGAUGAGCUUGUUGUCCCCGACCAGGAGGCCCAGGAAGAGGCUGCCAAGAACGCAACUGUCGCCGAGGCUACCCACCAGCUGCCGUACACUGCGACCUUGGAUGCUUCUGCUCCGGGCCCUGCUUCACCUUCGAAGCGCGAGGCAGAUGACCUUGAAGAGGAGCUUCCUGCCAAGAGGACCAAGCUUGAAAAUGGCAGCGAGGUUCUGGUGGGUGACCGUCCGAUCCACCGCCCUGCCACCUCGGUUGAAACCGAAAACAUUGAUACACCGGGCGAGAGGACUCCCGCUACCACCACAGCCGCCCCUCAGGAGGCUUCCUCCGCACAGGAGCAGGCUCUGAAGAAGAAGAAGGGUGUACGCCAAGAGGAGCCCUUCAAGUACUUGGACCCCUACCACGAAGAGCUUGUGCCUGUCUACGAGUUCUACCAGUUGAACGACCGGUUCCCGCGAGACCGGUUCAUGGUCCGCAAUCUCGAGGGUCUUCCUACCCGGACGGUCUAUUAUACCACUGCCCUGGCACGGGACAUUCUCACUCACAACGAGGGUCAGGGUAUGAAGUUUGUCCACUGCGGUGUCAAGAUGUUCGUCAAGCAAGAUGUGCAGCGCGAGGAUGUUUGCCGGUGGCGCAUUCAGACCGAGGGCUUGAAAAUCGCCGAGCCCUGGCUUGGGCCUGCCCGCGCCAUUACUUUGACCAAGAGAGAGACUCUCCACCGCCUCCUCGUGGAGAUGUUCCCCAAGGUUGACGAUGGCGGCUGGAAGUCUCUGGGCGAGAUUGGCGGGCAGGUGAAAGAUAUCCCCAUGGGUUGCAGCAUUCUGCGCAUUGAAGCCAGCACAGCAGAGGGUGGUCUCACUGAGCGGAUGGUGCUCCCUCUGUGGCGGUCGCUCCAUUCCCUGAACCUCAUGCUGCCCAAGGAGGACCGCCGCGCCAUGCUGCUGCGUCUUUUCAACGACGACACCCCGCUCGUCAACCCCGCGAUCAAGAAGCGGGACCUGCCGGCCACUGCAACCCCGGACACGUCGGGCGUGGAGUUGCCGGCCGAGAACACCGCCCAGGCGGAAGAUGCAGUGCUGAAAAAGGAGAACGCGCAGCUGGGCCAGGAUGAACAGGAGCACACGGAUACCCGGGAGACUUGGACCAAGGCGGGCGACGAGGAGGAUCGGUUCAACACGACUGUUUAG